UAUGGAAACAUUACAGGAAGCCGCGAAGCAAAUAUUAUCUUAGUUUCUGUGACAAAAAUCGAGUACCAGUAUUGACUUUUCAUCACUGGUCAAAAACUAAAGAACGACGAAGGUGCGUUCCACCUUCUUUCCGUGUUCUCUUAAGGACAUUCAAUGGAGAAUGUGCCCUGCAAAUUUUGCUAUUCAGACAUCUCCGAAGAUGAUUUCUUCUUCUUCUUCUUCUUCUUCUUGGCAUUCCAUAUACGAUGUCUUUCCGAGCUUCAGUGGCGAAGAUGUCCGAAGAACCUUUCUGUCCCACGUUCACGAAGAGUUCGAACGGAAAGGAAUCUUUACGUUCAAGGACAAUGGAAUAGCGAGGAGUCGAUCCAUCGGCCCUGAACUUGAACGAGCCAUCCGAGAGUCGAGGAUUGCGAUCGUCGUUCUCUCCAGGAACUACGCUUCCUCGAGCUGGUGCUUGAACGAGCUGCUUCAGAUCAUGGAGCAGAGGAGAAGCGCUGGGCAGACGGUCAUGACAGUUUUCCACCAACUGGAUCCAUCUGAUGUAAGGAAGCAGAUCGGAGAAUUCGGAAAGGCUUUCAAGAAAACUUGUGUCGGCAAAUCAUCGGAGGAUAAGCAAAGAUGGAAGAAUGCUCUAACCGAGGUUUCCAACAUAGCCGGAGAGCAUUCAGAGAAAUGGGAUAGCGAAGCAGACAUGAUAAAAAAAAUCGCCACUGAUGUUUCGAAGCUGCUGAAUUCUACACUUUCGAGAGAUUUCGAAGACAUAAUCGGAAUCGAAUCUCAUAUGCAAAAGAUGAUUUCAUU